AUGAGUGGACACUGUAAAGAAUGUGGUGCUACUUUUAGAAGCUGGAAAACUUUUAAAGUCCACGUUUCAAGAAAGCACAAAAUCGAAUGUAAUGAUAACGAUGAGUCUGCCGAAAUUGAUGCAGUGCCCAUGACAUUGGCAGAAAAUAACGAAGAAUUUCCGAUGGAAGUCGAUCAUGUUGAGGAACCCCAUAGUAAUGAAUCUGAGUUUGAUCGCUUACAAAACUUUGCAAUGCAAUUUGUAUUUGGUAUACGAGAAAACUGUAAUUUGUCUGAAAGUGCAAUGAGUUCUACCAUCAACGGUGAAGAAUUUUCUACGAGACAGAAUGCUGAAUUAAAAACUGUGCACAUUGAAAGAGAUGUCAUAGCUGUUUUGCAAGAAAAAUAUCCUCCAACCAUCAUUUUCUCAUCCAUUCAAACACGAAGUUCCUUAAACAAUAUUUUGAUUCAGCAGUAUAACAUGAAAAUAAGAUCCAACAUUUUGAAUCCUAAACGUCACACAGAAGGAUUGUACAGAAUAGUUUUGGAUGGUCAGUAUUACAGAGAAAACAACUUUUUUAAGAAUAAUUCCAAAGCAAUUGGAAUAAUUUCUUAUUACAAUGACAUAUGUGUUGCUAACCCCCUUGGCUCUGCUGCUAAUUCCCAAAAACCAUUAAUGUUUUACUGGACUAUUGCUAAUAUUUAUCCAGAGUAUAGAUCUUCCCUAAAUGCGUUUCAACUCUAUGCAAUUGUUAAAACAAAGCUACUUAAAAAAUCUCAAGCUUUAGAUGUUAUUCUGGAAUCAUUCGUUCAAGAAAUAGAAAUACUACAGACUACUGGUAUCGAUGUAUACGUUGAUGGAAGAAUACAUAAUUUUAAGGGAUUGUUACUUUUUUGUGCUGGUGACACACCAGCAUCUGCCUCACUAGGUGGAUUUAAGGAGUCUGUCUCAGCUCAUCGACCUUGUAGAACAUGUGUUACUGAUAAACAUCAGUGGAAACAUAAUUUUAAAGAAGAGGAUUUUCAUCUGCGGAAUGAGAUCGAACACCAAGACCAUACUGAGGCUGUUACUGACCAAACUUUAACUUUAGCAGCAAAAAAUUAUUGGAAAAAAUUUUAUGGAGUUAACAGAAAAAGCCCCUUGAUAAAAGUAAUCGAUGUGACGAAGUGCCUUCCACAAGAUACCAUGCAUGUAGUAAUAGAAGGUCUUUUGCAGCUAAUGUGCAAGCUUGUUUUACAAAAGUGUAUAGUUCAAUUACAGUUAUUUUCAGUUUCAAAAUUUUAUCAAAAAUUAAAUAAUUUUGAGUUUGGUCACUUGAAAAAAGAUAAACCAAUUUCAAGCAAAACAAUGUACCAACUUGAUGGCUUCUCCUGGGGUCCAAUCCUAUAA